AUGGAGCUGACGCUGUGGCUGCUGGCUGGUGCGACGCUAGGGGCGUGCGGCUCGACCUGGGGGCGGGACGAGCUGGCCGACGACAAUCAAGACGAUCGCACGCCGUUCUGGCAGAGCCAGCCCGUGUUCGGCAAUUACUCGGGCGACAUUCUGCUAGGAGCGCUGUUCCCCGUCCAUCGGAUGGGCGCUGACGGCCUCUGCGGCCGCAUACAGAACGAGGACGGCAUGCAGCCGUUGGAGGCGAUGCUGUUCACGCUGGACACCAUCAACCGCAGUCCAGCGCUCCUGCCGGGCAUACGCCUGGGCGCCAUCGUGUUCGACUCGUGCGACUCGGCUCUGGUGGCGCUCGAGAGGUCAAUGGAGUUCGUCAAAGGCUUCUUCAGCCGCGUCAACACGCACCACCGGUCAGAGUUUGUGUGCGGCGACGGCAAACCACCGGUAUACGGGGACGGCAGUUACCAGCGCAUGGUGGGCGUCAUCGGAGGACAGUCCAGCGCCGUUUCCAUACAGGUGGCCAAUCUUCUGCGGAACUUCGAGGUGCCGCAGAUCAGCUACCUGUCGACGUCAACGACGCUGAGCGGCCCGAAAUACAGCUACUUCUUCAGAACUGUGCCGUCGGACGUCAACCAGGCCACCGCUAUCCUGGAGAUCCUCAGGGCGUUCAACUGGACACACGCCUCGCUCGUGUACUCCAACUCGGACUACGGCAACCGCGGCUACGAGAAGCUGGAGGAGCUGGCGGCCAGCUACGGGGUCUGCUUUUCCACUCCGCUGCGGCUCGAUGACGACCGCCACAACCACGAUGACGUCCUCGAAAGUCUCGCCACCAAGACGGACGCCAAAGGCCUCAUGGUCCCGUCGAGCAGGUUCGGCCUAGAUAUAAAUGACCCUUGCCGACUAUGCACGAACGGCCUGCGUGAGACAGCCGCGGCUCGCUCACGCUCACGCCCCGGUUCCUCCGCAGUGGUGGUGGUGUUCGCGGACAAAAUGACCACAGGGGAGCUGAUGCGGCGGGCCAAGCAGCUGGACGUCACUCACGACCUCGUCUGGAUCGGCUCCGACGCCUGGUCCUCCCGCGAAACCGUCGUCCACGGCGUCGAGGACGUCAUCGAGGGCACGAUAUCGGUGCAGCCGCUGGUGGAGAACCUCAGCGGAUUCGAUGACUACAUGGCCGGCCUGGACCCGCUGGCUCUCCCACUGGCGCGCAACCCGUGGCUGGCCGAGUUCUGGGAGGACACGUUCGCCUGCGCGCUGCCCGGGGCAGCCGGCGGGGCAGACGGCAGGGCAGCCGGCGAGGUAGCAGCGAACCGGGCCGACCGCCCCGCGUGCGACCCUACGCUGCGUCUGACCGAGCAGAGCGGCUACAGACAGCAGAAGUACCUGCACUUCGUUCGGGACGCCACGUGGGCCUUCGCCAACGCCCUCAAUGACAUGCAUCUGGACCUAUGCAAGGGUCAGCCGGGGUUGUGCUCAGGCAUGCAGCACAUCGAGGGCUACACCUUACGCCAAUACCUGUCCAAGGUCCAUUUCAAAGUGACGGAGGACGGAUCCUCCAACCUGGUGCUGCGCAGGGAGGAGAUCCUGUUCAAGGCUGGUGGACGCCGCGACUUUCCUACCUCCGAGUGCGGCACCCCCUGCCUGCCGCACCAGGUCAAAGUGAAGAAGGAGAACGACCUCUGCUGCUGGACAUGCCGCACGUGCGGCAGCUACCAGGUGGUGCGGGACGACUACGACUGCGAGGAGUGCAAGCCCGGCUUCCUGCCGUCGCCCAACCAGCGCCACUGCAUGAUCGUGCCGGUCACCUUCGUCGACUACUCCAGCCCCUGGGCAGUGGUCGCCAUGACGUUCGCGGCGUUCGGGAUCGUGGUGACCGUGCUGUGCGGUCUGAUCUUCGCCGCGCACGCCUCCACGCCCGUCAUCAAGGCCUCGGGCCGCGAACUCAGCUACCUGCUGCUCGUCGGCAACCUGCUCUCGUUCGGCAUGACCUUCCUGAUCGUGGCCCGCCCCACGGACGCCACAUGCGGCCUGACGCGCUUCUUCCUCGGGCUCUGCUACACCGUCUGCUACGCGGCCAUCGUCACCAAGACCAACCGCACGUCGCGCAUCUUCACGCGGCGGCCGGUCAAGCACCGCACGCGCUACACGUCGCCGCAGUCGCAGCUGGUCAUCACGGCCAUCCUGACGUCGGUGGAGGUGAUCGUCAACGCCAUCUGGCUGCUGUACCGGCCGCCGGCCACGCUCGUGAUCUCGCCGACGCGGGAGCAGCGCGUGCUCAUCUGCGACGGGCUGGACGACAGCUCCUACCUAAUCGGCCUGAUCUAUCCGCUGAUCCUGAUCGGCUUCUGCACAAUAUACGCCGUCAAGACUCGCAAGUGUCCGGGCGGCUUCAACGAGGCGCGCUACAUCGUCUUCACCAGCUACACCACCUGCGUGCUCUGGCUGGCCUUCGUGCCGCUCUACAUCGCCGCCACCGACCAUGCCCUCCGCACCGUCACGCUGGCUAUGUCGCUCUCUCUCAGCGGUCUGGUGCAACUGGCCUGCCUCUUCUUCCCCAAGAUAUACGUGGUGGUCUUCAAGCCGGAAAAGAACACACGGGAUGCCGUGAUGGCGCACCGCUCCCACGCGUUCAUCCCCACGUGUCAUUCAACACCCGUGGUGCUCAUCAACGGCACCAGCAGGGGUGUGUACGCCCGCUGCAGGCGUGGACCGCCGCUCUGCUGCCGCCAGGACAUCUCCACUUCGUCGGGCUCCGACAGUCAGGGCGCCCCGGCCGCAGGGGCCGUCUCGAGCCCGCUGCGGCUGGACUUUACCCGGUUCAACCACAUCACCUCCCUGAGAGCACCUGUCACCGGCAGCGGCAAUGUCAGCGCCGCCAGCGCACUCAGGCGGCGCAAACACUCGGUGUGA